GAAAUGAAUUCACUAUGCAUGGACAUUACGUGGGCCCUUAAAUGCCUUUAACAUACAAAUAAUGUGUCCCACUCGCGCGUGCUGUAUCUGCGCUCGAGCUGUGUAUGUGCGCGCGAUGCUGCCGGAGUAAAGCCCCCCCAACCCCCCUCGGUCAUUCAUUCUUUCGUCUAUCAGUCGGACUAAAAGGAACACAAGAGGGACGGGCGUCGUGAAACCAAACACACAUGAGGUCGCGUGGACACUAAACGCUCUAUUAUUUUUUGAAGGAAACAGAUAUAACGGUUUUAUUUUGGCGUGGUUACCUGAGGGCACCGUCACGCGAGAGAUUCGUUCUAUGUUUCGUAACCGCCCGCGCUGCACGGGCAUGAAAACACAUUUAAGGAUGCCGAUAUAACGGCGAAGAGGAGAGCUGUCGGGAUUUUAUAACGGGACCAACGAAAGAAAAGAGAAACACGCAUGUGAUCCAAAUCGGUUUUGUCUUCGUCCAAGAAAACCGUUGAGAGGACCGAUUCAUUUACGUUCAUUUGAAAAUACAGCCACGCCAUUGGGCAGCUGGAGAACCAUGAGCACCCUCUCGCCCACCGAUUUCGACAGCGUCGAGAUCCAGCAGCAGUACAACGACAUUAACAAUCGAUGGGACAUCGCUGCGGAAACAGAGUGGGACAAUGAGAACAGUUCUGCACGCUUGUUCGAGCGCUCGCGCAUCAAAGCUCUCGCAGAUGAGAGAGAGGCAGUACAGAAGAAGACCUUCACUAAAUGGGUAAACUCCCAUCUGGGACGUGUGACCUGCAGGAUCGGUGACCUCUACACUGACCUCCGUGAUGGCCGCAUGCUCAUCCGCCUUCUGGAGGUUCUCUCUGGAGAACAGCUGCCAAAACCUACGAAGGGCCGAAUGCGCAUCCACUGUCUGGAGAACGUCGACAAAGCUCUACAGUUUCUGAAGGAACAAAAGGUUCACUUGGAGAACAUGGGUUCUCACGACAUUGUCGACGGAAAUCACCGUCUCACACUCGGACUCAUCUGGACCAUAAUCCUCCGCUUUCAGAUCCAAGACAUCAGUGUUGAGACGGAGGACAACAAGGAGAAGAAGUCGGCCAAAGACGCCCUGCUGCUGUGGUGUCAGAUGAAGACCGCAGGGUACCCAAAUGUCAAUGUCCACAACUUCACCACCAGCUGGAGAGAUGGUCUAGCGUUCAGCGCCAUUGUACACAAACACAGGUCAGACCUGAUUGAUUUUGAUAAUCUCAAGCGCUCCAAUGCCCACUAUAACCUGCAGAAUGCCUUCAACGUGGCUGAGAAAGAGCUGGGUCUCACCAAACUACUGGAUCCCGAAGAUGUGAAUGUUGAUCAGCCAGAUGAGAAGUCCAUCAUCACGUAUGUGGCCACAUAUUACCACUACUUCAGCAAGAUGAAGGCACUCGCCGUAGAGGGCAAGAGGAUUGGCAAGGUGCUGGAUUAUGCUAUCGAGGCAGAUCAGCUGAUAGAGAAAUAUGAGACUCUUGCCUCGGAGCUGCUGCAGUGGAUUGAACAGACCAUCGUCACCCUUAAUGACAGACAGCUUGCCAACUCGCUCAGUGGGGUUCAGAACCAGCUACAGGCCUUCAAUACCUACCGCACUGUGGAGAAACCACCCAAGUUUACUGAAAAGGGGAAUUUGGAGGUCUUGCUCUUUACCAUUCAAAGUAAAAUGAGGGCAAACAAUCAGAAAGUCUACACGCCAAGAGAAGGAAAACUCAUCUCUGACAUCAACAAGGCGUGGGAGAGAUUGGAGAAGGCCGAACAUGAGAGAGAGUUGGCUUUGAGGAACGAGCUGAUUCGUCAGGAGAAGCUCGAAAUGCUGGCCGCACGUUUUGACCGCAAAGCAGCCAUGAGAGAAACCUGGCUGAGCGAAAACCAGCGGCUGGUGUCACAGGACAAUUUUGGUGUCGACUUGGGCGCUGUGGAGGCCGCCACUCGUAAACACGACGCCAUCGAGACCGACAUCCAGGCGUACGGCGAGCGCGUGGCUGCCGUAGAAGCUGUCGCUCGAGAACUAGAGGCGGAGGGAUAUCACGAAGUGCGACGCAUUUUAGCGCGAAGGGAUAAUGUGCUCAGGCUGUGGGAGUAUCUGAAGGAACUACUUGCAGCUCGGCGAGAGAGGCUGAUUGCGCACAGAGACCUGCAGCGCCUCCUACAGGAAAUGAGACACAUUAUGGACUGGAUGGAAGAUAUGAAGAGUCGUCUGCAAUCUCAAGACAGUGGGAAACACCUUCAUGAUGUGGAGGACCUGCUGCAGAAACACACUCUUGUUGAAGCUGAUAUAUCAGCACAGGCUGAGAGAGUCAAAGCCGUGCAGGCCGCCGCCAAGAGGUUUACUUCAAAUGAACAAAGUUAUAAGCCGUGUGACCCAGCACUGGUUGAAGAAAAGGUGGAUCUUCUGGGCCAAGCUUAUGACGAACUGGGCCAGCUAGCAGCGGAACGAAGAGCCCGACUUGAUGACUCACGAAAGCUGUGGCAGUUCCUGUGGGAGCUGGGAGAGGAGGCCGCGUGGAUCCGAGAGCAGGAGCAGAUCCUAUCCGGAGGAGAUUACGGAAGGGACCUCAGCUCCGCUCUUCACCUCCUGUCCAAACACGAAGCCUUCCAGGAGGAGAUGGCAGCCCGGUACGGCCCUCUGGGGAACAGCAUUGCUGGAGGAGAGGCCCUGGUAAAGGAAGGCCACGUCGCAGCAGCUGAGGUGACAGAGCGGAUCACGGACGUGAAAGCACAAUGGGCGCACCUGGAAGAGGCGUCUCGGUUGCGUGAGCAGAGGCUGCAGGACUCUGUAGCUUUCCAUCAGUUCCUGACAGAUGCCAAUGACAUGGAGGCCUGGAUACUGGAAACACUAAGACAGGUGUCUAGUCAAGAUGUCGGCCACGAUGAGUUUUCUACACAAACUCUGGCUAAAAAGCAGAAAGAGGUGGAGGAGGAGAUUCAAAGUCACAGAUUACUUAUAGACUCACUACAUGAACAGGCCUCAACACUGCCAGAAGCUUAUGCACAAUCCCCACAGGUGGAAGGCCGCCUUCCGGCAAUAGAGCAGCGCUAUGAAGAGUUGGAGGGCUUGUCGUCGUCAUGGCGACAGGCCUUAGAUGGAGCGCUCGCCUUGUACCGCAUGUUUAGUGAAUCUAGCGCCUGCCAGCUGUGGGUUGGAGAAAAGGAACAGUGGCUGCACAACAUGGAGAUUCCCUCCAAACUGGAAGACCUGGAGGUGGUCCAACAGAGGUUUGAAACUCUAGAGCCAGAGAUGAACACGCUGGGUGCUCGCAUAUCCGAUGUCAAUCAAGUGGCCCAACAGCUGCUCGGAUCCGACAACCGCAACAAAGAGCAGAUUAACCAGACACACGAUCAGCUCAAUAACAGGUGGUCUGAAUUCCAGAGUUUGGCCAACAACCGUAAACAAGCUCUAGAAUCAGCACUGAAUAUCCAGAACUAUCAUCUAGAGUGUAAUGAGAUCAAGAGCUGGAUGAAGGAGAAGACCAAAGUCAUCGAGUCCACGCAGAGCCUUGGAAACGACCUGGCUGGAGUCAUGGCCCUGCAACGCAAGCUCACUGGUAUGGAGAGGGACCUGGAGGCUAUACAGGGGAAACUGGAUGACCUACAAUCAGAGGCUGAGAAGUUGGCGUCUGAGCACCCAGAGCAGGCAGAUGAAAUCAUGGGUCGUCUUGCUGAAAUCCAGGAGGUUUGGGAAGAGCUUCGAGCCACCAUGAAGCGGCGUGAGGAGUCACUGGGCGAGGCCUCCAAGCUCCAGGGCUUCCUCAGAGACCUCGAUGACUUCCAAGCCUGGCUGUCUCGUACACAGACCACCGUAGCGUCUGAGGACACGCCCACCUCUCUGGCCGAAGCGGAAAGUCUGCUGGGCCAACAUGAGGCCAUAAAGAACGAAAUCGAUAAUUACAGAGAGGACUACGAGAAGAUGAGAGCUACUGGAGCUGAGGUGACUCAGGGUCAAACAGAUGCUCAGUACAUGUUCUUAGCCCAGCGGCUACAGGCAUUGGACACAGGCUGGAACGAGCUGAGGAGAAUGUGGGAGAGCCGUCACUGCGUCCUUGCGCAGGCCUAUGAUUUCCAAACUUUGUUGCGAGAUGCCAAGCAGGCGGAGGGCUUCCUCAACAGCCAGGAGUACGUCCUAUCACACACAGAGAUGCCUUCCAGCCUACAAGGGGCAAUAGCGGCCAUCAAAAAACAUGAGGACUUCCUCACCACCAUGGAGGCUAGCGAGGAGAAGAUCAAUGGUGUGGUCGAGUCUGGACAGAGACUCAUAUCAGAUGGCAACAAUAAUGCAGACAAGAUCCAGGAGAAGAUCGACUCCAUUCAGGAGAGACACCAGAAAAACAAGCAAGCAGCCAAUGAGUUUCUGGCUAAACUGAAGGAUAACAGAGAGCUGCAGCACUUCCUACAAGAUGGACAGGAGCUGACUCUUUGGAUAAAUGAGAAGAUGUUAACAGCUCAGGACAUGUCCUACGAUGAGGCCAGAAACCUUCACAGCAAAUGGCAGAAGCACCAGGCCUUCAUGGCUGAGCUGGCAUCCAAUAAAGACUGGUUGGACAAGAUCGACAAGGAAGGACAGGCGUUAGUGAAGGAGAAACCUGAGUUGGAGCAGACGGUAUCAGAAAGUCUAAGUGGUCUUCAGAAACAGUGGGAGGAGCUGGAGAGCACCACUCAAGCUAAAGCUCAGUGCCUGUUUGACGCAAACCGAGCUGAACUUUUCACACAGAGCUGCUCAUCGCUGGACUCCUGGCUCCAAAACAUCUCCUCUCAACUCCAGAGUGAUGACUUUGGGAAAGAUCUCACCAGCGUCAAUAUUCUACUCAAGAAACACCAGAUGUUGGAGCAUCAAAUGGAGGUACGUGAGAAAGAGGUCCAGUCUCUACAGUCACAGGCGCUGGCUUUGGCCCAAGAGGAGUCUGGGAUAACGGAGGUGGAUGGGCAGCAAAAAAGAGUGACCGACAGCUUCUCUCAGCUGCAGGAUCCUCUUAAAAUGCGCAGACAGCAUCUUCUCGCUUCAAAAGAGGCUCAUCAGUUCAACAGAGACCUCGAGGAUGAAAUUUUAUGGGUUAAGGAGAGGAUGCCUCUCGCCACCUCCACAGACCAUGGCAAAGAUCUGCCCAGUGUCCAGCUCCUCAUCAAAAAGAACCAGACUCUGCAGAAGGAGAUUCAAGGUCAUCAGCCACGUAUCAAUGAUAUCCAGGCCCAUGGCAAGAACAUGUCCCCUGAAAAGGAGUUAGAUGUGGACACAGAGAGGAGGGCUGGUUUAGAAGGUCGUCUCGCAGAGCUGGGAGAAUCAUGGGACCUGCUGAUUUCUGAAACAGAGAAGAGAAACGCAAGGCUGGAAGAGGCUAACCGAGCACAGCAGUUUUACACAGAUGCUGCAGAGGCCGAGGCCUGGAUGGGAGAGCAAGAGCUUCAUAUGAUGUCAGAGGAAAAGGCAAAGGAUGAACAGAGUGCUCUGGUUAUGGUGAAGAAGCACCAGAUUCUGGAGCAGGCACUGGAGGACUACGCCCAGACCAUCCACCAGUUGGCCAACAGCAGCAGGCUCAUGGUAAACAGCGAACACCCAGAAAGUGAGAGAAUCACACUGAGGCAGGCCCAGGUGGAUAAACUGUAUGCAGGGUUGAAGGACCUGGCAGAAGAAAGGAGAAGCAAAUUACAGGAGAGACUGAGACUGACCCAGCUGAAGAGAGAGGUGGAUGAUUUAGAGCAGUGGAUCGCAGAGAGAGAGGUUGUCGCUGGAUCGCAUGAACUCGGACAAGACUAUGAACAUGUGACGAUGUUGCGUGACAAAUUCCGGGAGUUCGCACGGGACACCAGCACAAUCGGUCAGGAGCGCGUGGAUGCUGUGAACCUUCAGGCAGAUGAACUCAUAGAGUCAGGUCACCCGGAAAAUGCCAGCGUGGCCGAAUGGAAGGAUGGCCUCAAUGAGGCCUGGGCCGACUUGCUGGAGCUCAUCGACACUCGCACACAGAUGCUGGCUGCAUCGUAUGAACUGCACCGCUUCCAUCAGGAUGCCCGGGAAGCCCUGGGGCUCAUACGGGAAAAGAAAGAAACGCUAGCGGGCGCCGAACUCGGACGGGAUCUGAACACAGUCCAGCAUCUGCUGAGACAACACACGGCCUAUGAGCAUGACGUGCAGGCACUCAGCGGGCAGGUAACACAGGUGCAGGACGAUGCAGCUCGUCUGCAAAAAGCAUACGCUGGAGAGAAGGCUGACGAUAUCAACCGCCACGAGCACGCGGUCACGGAGGCCUGGGAGGGGCUUCAGUCCGCCACUAAAGAUAGACGGCUGCUCCUAUUGGACACGGUGGAGAAGUUUAGAUUCUUCAAUAUGGUUAGAGACCUCAUGCUAUGGAUGGAGGGAAUCAACUUACAGAUCCAGUCACAUGACAGUCCAAGGGAUGUCUCAUCCGCUGGCCUGGUCAUUGCCAACCAUCAGGACAUUAAGUCAGAGAUAGAGACAAGAGCAGACAGCUUCACUGCAUGCAAUGAAAUGGGACGCGCCCUCAUCAACAACAACCACUAUGCUUCAGAUGAGAUUGAAGAGAAAUUGGAUCAGCUGCAGGCCAAACGCACUGAGAUUAAUCAGAAGUGGCAAGAGAAAAUGGAUCAUUUACAGAUCGUUCUGGAGGUAUUACAGUUCGGCAGGGACGCAUCCGUGGCUGAAUCAUGGCUGGCUGGGCAGGAGCCAUUGGUCAGGACAGCAGAAUUGGGCUCUAAUGUAGAUGAGGUUGAGAGUCUGAUCAAACGCCAUGAAGCUUUUGAAAAACUGGCAGCUGGCUGGGAAGAGCGUUUCACGCUGCUUGAGAAGCUUACCACGCUGGAAGAAAAGGAGAUUCAAAGACAAAGGGAAGAGGAAGAGAGGGCCCGGCGACCACCCACACCUCCUCCCCCUGUAGAGGAAGUAGUACAGUCUGAAAUCAACGAUUCGGCUGCAAGGACGAGUCUGGACCAGACUACAUUGAACCAGUCAGUAUCUGUCAAUGGUGUCUACAGUGACCACGACACAUCACAGUCAUUAUCGGUAUCUGAACUCAAGAAACCUGAACCUAUUCCUGAGACUAUACCUCAGUCUAACCCAGUUUCUAAACCUGUGCCUAAAGCCCACAAGGCACAGGAGCGUGGAUCAGAAUCGGAUUCUGUUAAUGGUCCUGGCCGUGACAGCGGUCUGGACUCUGCAUCUCGGCAAGAGCCUUCAGCAACACUGCCAGGGCGAGGAGCAGCAGAGGUGACCCCAGAAGCUAUGGAGGGCAUGCUCAACAGGAAACAUGAAAUGGAAUCCCACAACAAAAAAGCAGCCGCCAGAUCAUGGCAGAAUGUAUAUUGUGUAUUACGCAAAGGCAGUAUGGGAUUUUACAAGGACAACAAAAGUGCAUCAAAUGGAAUCCCAUACCAUGGAGAAGUUCCCAUCAGCCUCAACGAAGCUGUCUGUGAGGUUGCCCAUGACUACAAAAAGAGGAAACACGUAUUUAAACUUAGGCUUGGGGAUGGAAAGGAGUUUUUGUUCCAAGCAAAGGAUGAGGCCGAAAUGAGUUCAUGGAUUCAAGCAAUCCAGGCAACGCUCUCACCUGGCGACCGUUCGCCGGCUGCCCAAAGGGGUCUCAGUCGGGCAAUGACCAUGCCACCUAUUUCUCCCAGCUCGGCCGAGGCAGGAGGUGUGACCAUGCGCAACAAAGAUGGCAAAGAGAGAGACCGCGAGAAGCGCUUCAGUUUCUUCGGCAAGAAGAAAUAAGCACCCAAAUAUGCCACCGAUCUCCACAGCGAGCGAAACAACAGAUGGAAGUUUGUCGACAUUUAAAAAAAAACUUAAAAUGUUAGAAACAGGGAAGAAAAGUCGCAUGUCACAUUGUGCUACAUAUUUUUUUAUUUUUGCUCUUUCUUCCACUCGUUUUUUAUAAAUUUGUCUCAUUUGGCACAUGGAUCUUGUUCAAUAUCGCCCCCUAGCUGUCGUGCCACGUUUGCUCCGCAAUGUAGUAAAUUCCCAGGGUGAGCUCUUGUUAAUGGAGCUUCUCAAGAGAAGAUGUAGUGACGCUCCUGACCAAGACCAAGAAGCUUCUUGUUCAGCUCAUAACUAUCAGUUGGUUUCCUUUUUUUCUCAAAACAAUUUUAACUUGGAGCUAGACAGCUUUUCCAUACUGUUGAAAGACCAGAGUGCUAUUUUGUCCCCCAAUAAUUUGUUUUUCUGUGUUGAUUUCACAUUCCUUUUUUUUGUAUUGUUAUACUUAUAACAGAUGAUUUAAUUGUUAUUGCUAUUAUUAAUAUUGUUUAUUUGCUGUCGAUUUGAAAUUGAAUAUUUAAAAAAUGAAAGUAUAGUUUGAUUGAGUCAUUUUUAGGACAGACCAAAAAGAAGGCUGUGAGUCAAAGGUGGGAGUUUGUGCCGGUCUUUUUUUAAUCUGUGACUGUUCUAACCGACCAAAUUUUUCCUUUCUCUCGUUUUUCUUGAUAUGACUAUGUUGUUUGCUUUUUUAAAGAGAGUAGUUUUUUGAGGUAUGCAAGUUAAAGGAGUAAAGAGAUAACUCACUAUUUAUAAUGCUUUUAGUUCUUUUAUCUUUGAACUCAGUUUAUCUGUUCUGUCUCUUUACUUCCCAUUGAGAUUGUAUGGCUUAUUUCUUUAGAUUAUAACCUCUUUAUCUCUCGUUCCUAGACCCGAAAAGUGUUUGUGGUGAAGAUUGGUAUUCAAAGUGUGAUGCUGUGAUUUAGACAUUUUAAUUUUCUCAAAAUACAAAAAUCAAUUGCACAAGCCAAGAUUAAACUUACAAAGAGUU